AAGCAAGAGUUUGAGACUCCAUCUUCUCCAUGCAAGUAUCGAGCGGUGAUAAUUUGGGGACGGAGAAGGACGGAAAAAGGUCGGAGGUGAUGAAGAAGAAUACUGUGGCGGAAUCAGAUCGUAAUCAUCAAGAUCAUGCACAAGAGCAAGAUCAAACGUUGCCUCCUGGGUUUAGAUUUCAUCCUUCUGAUGAAGAGUUGAUCACGUAUUAUCUUUUGAACAAGAUAUCAGAUGCUAAUUUUACAGGAAGAGCGGUUACUGAUGUUGAUCUCAACAAAUUUGAACCUUGGGAACUACCAGGGAAGGCUAAAAUGGGAGAAAAAGAAUGGUAUUUUUUCAGCCUUAGGGAUAGAAAAUACCCGACCGGAGUUAGAACAAAUAGAGCCACGAACACAGGCUACUGGAAAACCACGGGAAAGGACAAAGAAAUCUUCAAUACUGAUACUUCAGAGCUGGUCGGGAUGAAGAAGACGUUGGUGUUCUAUAAAGGAAGAGCUCCGAGAGGAGAGAAAACUAAUUGGGUUAUGCAUGAAUAUCGACUUCAUUCCAAAACCGCUUUUAGAACAGCUAAGGACGAAUGGGUGGUUUGCCGAGUAUUCCAAAAGAGUGCCGGACCCAAGAAGUAUCCUCCAAACCAAACAAGAGCAGUGAAUCCCUAUGUCAACCUUGAAAUUGCCCCUCCUCUUCUUCCACCACCCCUCAUGCAGCUCGGAGACCCUGCUGCUCAAUAUGGCUAUGGGCGUAACUACAUCACCGGCGCAGAUCUGGCCGAGCUCAACCGAGUCCUGAGAGCCGGAGGCGGCGGCAGUGGCAGCGGAGGAUCAACUCAUGGUAUCAACUUAUCGAUGCAACCCCAGUUUAACUAUCAACCUGCCGGAGGUUGCUUCACAAUAUCCGGGUUGAAUUUAAACCUUGGAGGAGCUUCAUCGCAACCAGUUUUGCGACCGAUGCCGCCCCCAGUCGCAGCACCGAUGAAAAUUGGCCAACAAGACAUCGGUUCGUCUGUCAUGGCAGCUACCAUGGCUAAUUCAUCUGUGAUUGCAAGCGCGAUCGGUCCUGAAACUGCAUAUGGGGCGGAGAUCAGCAACAAUGGCAAUGGACCUGGCAACAGAUUUAUGAACAUGGACCAUUGCAUGGACCUGGAGAAUUACUGGCAAAACUGGUAAAGACCGCCAAGCUAUGCAUACAUUUCUCAGUAAACACUGAAGAAGUUGUUGCAGUCAUAGAGAUAGUUCUCCCCUUUUCCCUUUGUUACGAGUUUUCACAAACCCGCCUUUCUUAGUCGAUGUGUAACUUUUAACUCCGAGAUUGGAGUCUCUAGUUGUUUCUGUAAGCAGUCGGAACGAGGAUGAACCGAACCAAAGUUUGUUCUUUUCAGGACUUCAUAAUCAAUAGCUGAAAGACCCCUUCAGCAGCA